UGGUAUUACUAUUGGCAUUGUGCAUUGUGUUGUUUGUGUUUGGUGAGUGAGGAGAAAGAAAUGGCUGCGAUUUCGUGUCACUGUAACUGUGCUGUUGGAUUCGAGAAACCCUACCUCUCCCCUCACAGUCUCCGCCAUUCCGCUUCUUUCCCUUCCAUUUCUGUUUCUUCUCCACUCAGAGUUUCAUCCCUCGCCACUUUCGCUGUUUCAGCCGAAUCUUCUGUCACUCAAAAAGUUGGGCUGAAAGAUUUUGUUCACAUAGAUGAUUUCGAUAAGGACACUAUUUUGAAGAUAUUAUAUCGAGCCAUUGAGGUCAAGGCAAAGCUAAAAUCAGGGGAUAGGAGAUUUCGACCUUUUGAAGGGAAGACAAUGGCUAUGAUAUUUACAAAACCGUCCAUGAGAACACGGGUUUCAUUUGAGACUGGCUUUACAUUGUUAGGUGGCCAUGCUGUCUAUUUAGGACCUGAUGACAUCCAAAUGGGCAAGCGUGAGGAGACUCGUGAUGUUGCUCGUGUUUUGUCUCGCUAUAAUGACAUCAUUAUGGCUCGUGUUUUUGCUCAUCAGGACAUACUUGAUCUUGCAAAGUAUGCAACUGUACCAGUCAUCAAUGGAUUGACAGACUACAACCAUCCCGUCCAAAUAAUGGCUGAUGCCCUAACUAUGAUUGAGCACAUUGGUCGGGUGGAAGGUACCAAGGUUGUCUAUGUUGGAGAUGGGAAUAAUAUUGUUCACUCAUGGUUAUUGAUGGCAUCUGUAAUUCCUUUUCACUUCGUCUGUGCGUGUCCAAAAGGUUUUGAACCUGAUGAGAAAACAGUUGAGAAGGCAAGGAAGGCUGGAAUCAGCAAGAUUGAGAUAACUAAUGAUCCCAAAGAAGCUGUUAGAGGAGCUGAUAUUGUGUAUUCAGAUGUCUGGGCCAGCAUGGGGCAAAAGGAAGAGGCUGCAUUCCGCCGCCAAGUGUUUAAAGAAUUUCAGGUGAACCAAAGUCUUAUGGAUAUGGCUGGUUCAAAGGCGUUUUUCAUGCAUUGCUUACCAGCGGAAAGAGGGGUGGAGGUGACUGACGAAGUUAUUGAAGCUCCAAAUUCUAUAGUCUUCCCUCAAGCUGAGAACCGAAUGCAUGCACAGAAUGCCAUAAUGCUCCAUGUGCUUGGGAAGUAGUUGGUUGGAUGAUCAAUCUGAGGUUGAGCAAUAGUUAUGUACACUUUCAAUAGUUGGUUUCAGGCUUUCAGCCAUGUUUGAUCAAUAAAGUUGGAAUUUUGAGUUGCGUCUGUAUUAUUACUAGCCAUUGAAGAACAGCAGAGUCUUAAAAAAGCUUCUGUCGCUUUGAUUUGAGGCGUAUGACGGGCAUAAGUAUCCAUUUUUAAAGAAAGAUAGAUAAAAAGAAUAUAUCUGGGGUAUUUGACGUUAUACUUAAUAUUUUAGGUAUUCGA